GAGCGCCGGCACUGGGCAGGGACGGCCGGAUGUGAGUGGAGCGGCCAUUUCCUGUUUCUCGGCCGAUUUCCCCAGCUUUGGGUGGUGGCCGCUGCUGGGCUUCGGCUUCCCGUAGGCGGAAGGCGAGGCGGCGUGGACUGCGGCCCCGGCACCCUGCGCCCUGCCGCCCGCAGCCGCGCGCCCGCCUGCCUCUUGCGCCCCGAGCCCGCCGCUCCUCGCCCGUGUGCCCGGCCGCCGCCUCCGCCGCGGCCCAGCGAGCGGCCCAGAUGCAGGCCAUCAAGUGUGUGGUGGUGGGAGACGGAGCUGUAGGUAAAACCUGCCUGCUGAUCAGCUACACGACCAAUGCGUUCCCCGGAGAGUACAUCCCCACCGUCUUCGACAACUACUCUGCCAAUGUCAUGGUGGAUGGCAAACCGGUGAACCUGGGCUUGUGGGACACCGCUGGACAAGAGGACUACGACAGACUACGCCCCCUGUCCUACCCGCAGACGGUCGGAGAGGCGCACGGUAAGGAUGUGACCUCCAGGGGCAAAGACAAGCCGAUUGCCGACGUGUUCCUGAUCUGCUUCUCUCUCGUGAGUCCCGCCUCGUUCGAGAACGUCCGCGCGAAGUGGUACCCUGAAGUGCGACACCACUGCCCCAACACUCCCAUCAUCCUGGUGGGGACCAAGCUCGACCUCAGGGAUGACAAGGACACGAUUGAGAAACUGAAGGAGAAGAAGCUGACGCCCAUCACCUACCCGCAGGGCCUGGCCAUGGCGAAGGAGAUCGGUGCGGUCAAGUACCUGGAGUGCUCGGCGCUCACGCAGCGGGGCCUCAAGACCGUGUUCGACGAGGCCAUCCGCGCCGUGCUCUGCCCGCCGCCCGUCAAGAAGAGGAAGAGGAAGUGCCUGCUGCUGUAGGCGCGGCCGGGCCCGCCCCCGCCGCCCGCCCGGGCGCCCGCGCGCGCUUUGCUCGACAACGACGGAGCCUUCGCACUCAAUGCCAAGUUUUUGUUACGGAUUAGUUUUUCCAUAAAACCAUUUUGAACCAAUCAGUAAUUUUUAGGUUUUAUUUAAACAAAUAAGUGUAAGAGUUAAAACUUUCAUAUUCUAUUAAAACGUAGCCCUAAAAUGAUAAGCUUUCUUAAAGCCUUAUUUUUCAAAGGUCCCUCUUCUUGCUCAGAUUAAGAGUUGCCAAAAUACCUUGUGAACUAAGUCGCAUUGUUGUGCUAAGAACACUAAGCACUAAACCGUUUCAAGACCUUUGUCUUCGAGAAACUGUAGCUUCUGCAGGCAGGGAAGGCAGGCGCUUUCUGACGAGUCUCACACGGGGGAGUUCCGCUUCUCUCACGAAAUGUUGCCAUUUAACGCGUCGGUAAUUUAUCAGCUCAUGUUCGUCCCUGACGUUGUACUGUACACCGUGAUGGAGUGAGUGUGACAGCUCAACCCUCUGGAUCGACCUUUUUGAUUUCAGCGUGAGAGCCUGUACACUGUUAGCGUGCCGGCUCUGGCUGGGAUUUUUAGCGAACGCUCACGCACGUGUUCCCUCGGGAGUGUUCGGCCCUGGCCGUGGGCGCGCGGGGCGGGGUGCGAGGGACGCUCGGUGCGGUCUGGGGGUGCAGACAGCAGUAUUUUGACAAAAUAGGAAGUGGAGAUUAACUUACACUACAUUGCACACGUAAUAACUAAACUGAGUAACAGUGUCACGGGUAAAAUUUUAAACAGGUUAAUUUCUGUCAAAUGUCGUAGAUGAGGAAGAAAGUCGGUAUUAAUCAGUAAGUGUUUUCUUAGGCUUUUCCUUUUUCUUGAACCUGCCAUCCCUCCCGAAAUCGGGCAUUUGAUUUGCCUUUGGGUUGGCCAUUCCUACGGUUGCUAACAGAAAGUGCUUUUCUUACGGACACCCCCCCCCCCCCCCCCAGCAGGCAGCGUGCCUCCUUGUACAAAAUCUUCCUGGACUCCACCUUAGUUUUUUUUUUUUUUUUUUUUUGUAGAUUAGUAAAAGUGCAUUCCUGUUUUCUCGUUCCUUUAUUCAAAGCUAAUACCUGCUUUCCUUAAUUAGUUUUCUAGUAACUAGAUGUAAAAAUCACGUGUUGCAUCUUUACAGUUUUUAAAAUAUUUUAGAUAUUCUUACUAUGGACCUUCGUAACAUCACUGUCUUGCCAGACCCCCCCCCCACCGCACCUCGGUCCACGCCGGCCCGCCUCCCCCUGUGGACGCGCUUCCCUCGCUCUGCCUAACAACGCUCCCCCCUCGGGCGUGAGGGUCUGCAAGCCCCGCGCUCGUGCUGCCCAGGUUCCGUGCGGCUGCCCCACCCGCGGGAACAUGAGGUGGGGCCCUCCGACCACUAGGACAACAUUUUUUAAAUUGACAGUUGCAGAAUUGUGGAGUGUUUUUACAUUGAUCUUUUGCUAAUGCAAUUAGCAGUAUGUUUUGCAUGUACGACUUAAUAAAUCCUUGAAUCAUAUGACU